CUUGUAAUUGCCUCGUGCUUUCCUUUGUGCUUCCCGGUUCAGCAAAUUUAGCUCUAUUAUUCAAUUCAAUUCUCGUUGAUGAUACAAAGACCUCUCGCGUUGUGUUUCAGAAUUCCUUUUGUUUUGUUGGAUAAUUUCGACUUCAACUCUCUAGCUACUUCCCAAUGGCUGCUACUUCUUCUUCUUCUCAGAAGAGCUAUGAUGUCUUCCUCAGUUUCAGAGGAGACGACACCCGCAACAGUUUCACUGCCCAUCUCCUUCAGGCGUUGCGCACCAAAGGAAUCGACACUUUCUUUGAUGAGGAUAAGCUCGAGAAAGGUCGAGUCAUAUCCCCUGCACUCAUUACAGCUAUUGAAAACUCCAUGUUUUCUAUCAUUGUUUUGUCGGAAAACUAUGCAUCUUCUAGGUGGUGCUUGGAGGAGAUGGUCAAGAUACUAGAAUGCAAUAGAUCCAAGGAGGAGAGGGUUCUACCAAUUUUCUACAACGUGGAUCCAUCAGAUGUGCGGAAUCACAGGGGAAAAUUUGGAGAAGCCUUGGCUAAACAUGAAGAGAAUUUGGAGGAGAACGGGGAGAGGGUGAAAAUUUGGAGGGACGCUCUGACUGAAGUUGCAAAUUUAUCUGGCUGGGAUUCAAGGAACCAGAAUGAGCCUCUGCUAAUCAAAGAAAUCGUUGGGAAACUUUUGAAGAAGUUGUUAAAUACAUCCACAAGAGAUACUGAAGAGAACCUGGUUGGAAUACAGUCCCGCAUUCAAGGACUGAGAAUGCUAUUGUGUUUGCAAUCAGAUGAUGUUCGGAUGGUAGGAAUUUGUGGUAUGGGCGGACUAGGGAAAACAACCCUUGCUAGAGCUAUUUAUAGCCAAGUUUCUAACCAAUUUGAAGCUUGCUCCUUUCUUGAAAUUGCAAAUGAUUUCAAAGAGCAGGAUUUAACCAGUUUAGCAGAGAAACUUCUUUCUCAAUUAUUGGAGGAAGAAAAUCUCAAAAUAAAAGGAUCCACUUCUAUAAAAGCAAGGCUCCACUCAAGAAAGGUCCUUGUUGUUCUUGAUAAUGUGAAUAAUCUAACAAUAUUGGAACAUUUAGCCGGAAAUCAGGAUUGGUUUGGUCAAGGGAGUAGAAUUAUCGUAACUACUCGGGAUAAACAUUUGUUUUCACAUGAAGUCAAGUAUUAUGAGGUUACAAAAUUUAAUGAUGAUGAAGCAUUUGAGUUCCUCAAACAUUAUUCGUUAAAAUAUAAACUUCUUGAAAAUGAUUUACAGGAGCUUUCAAGAGAAAUAAUAUUUUAUGCUAAAGGCCUUCCAUUGGCUCUUAGUGUUUUAGGUUCUCUUUUAUUUGGCAUGAGCAAAGAUGAAUGGAGAGAUUACUUAGGCAAACUAAAAAGUACUCCUAAUAUGAAAAUUCAGGAAGUACUUAGAUUAAGUUACGAUGGGCUAGAUGAUAAUGAGAAGAAUAUAUUUUUGGAUAUUGCAUGUUUCUUUAAAGAAGAGGACAAAGAUCAUGUGGUGGAAAUACUAGAGAGUUGUGGCUUCUCUGCGAAAUGUGGAAUAAGAACUCUCAUUAACAAAUCUCUCAUAACUACUUUUGCUAACAAGUUGAAGAUGCAUGACUUAAUACAAGAAAUGGGUAAGGAUAUUGUUCGCCAAGAAUGUCCAAAAGAGCCUGGAAGACGAAGUAGAUUGUGGGAACAAGAAGAUAUCUUUGAUGUGUUGAAAAGAAAUAUGGGAAGUGAAAAAAUUGAAGGCAUUUUCCUCGACUUGUCUCAUUUAGAAGACAUACUAGACUUCACCACUGAAGCCUUUGCUGGGAUGAAAAAACUUAGAUUGCUCAAAGUCUAUAAUUCUAAGAGUAUUUCAGGAGACUUCGGAGAUACCUUUAACAACAAAGUGAAUUGUAGAGUGCGGUUUGCCCAUGAAUUUAAAUUUUGUUCCGAUGAUUUGAGGUACUUAUAUUGGCAUGGAUACUCUUUGAAAUCAUUACCAAAGGAUUUCAGCCCAAAGCAUCUUGUUGAUCUCAGUAUGCCUUAUAGUCACAUUAAAAAACUUUGGAAAGGAAUCAAGGUUCUUAAAAGCUUAAAAUCCAUGGAUCUCAGCCACUCUAAGUGCUUGAUAGAAACUCCAGAUUUCUCAGGUAUCACCAACCUUGAACGUCUAGUUUUAAAAGGUUGUCUAAAGUUGCGUAAGGUUCACCCAUCACUUGGAGAUUUGAAAUCUCUUCAAACAUUUAUUCUUUCUGGUUGCUCCAAAUUUGAAGAAUUUCCAGAGAAUUUUGGGAACUUAGAAAUGUUGAAGGAGCUUCACCUAGACGGAAUUGUGGUAAGAGAACUACCCCCUGCCAUUUUUUCCAUGAGCAACCUUGAAAAGUUGUCUUUCCGUGGAUGUAAAGGACCAGCAUCUGCCUCAUGGUUGUGGCCAAAAAGAAGUUCAAAUUCUAUUUGUUUCACGGUACCUUCUUCCUCAAACUUGUGCUCUUUAAUGGACCUAGAUUUAAGUUACUGCAAUAUAUCAGAUGGAGCAAAUCUUGGUAGCCUUGGCUUCUUAUCUUCACUUACAAAGUUAAAUUUAAGUGAAAACAACUUUGUCGCUUUGCCUAACAUGAGUGGACUUUCUCACCUGGAAUGGCUUUGGUUGAAAAAUUGUAAAAGACUGCAGGCACUUCCACAGUUUCCAUCUUCAGUUAGAUCCUUAGAUUUAAGUGGAAACAACUUUGUCACUUUGCCUAACAUGAGUGGACUUUCUCACCUGAAAUUCCUUGGGUUGGAAAAUUGUAAAAGACUGCAGGCACUUCCACAGUUUCCAUCUUCACUUGAAGUGUUAGGAUUAAGUGGAAACAACUUUGUCACUUUGCCUAACAUGAGUGGACUUUCUCACCUGAGAGGGCUGUGGUUGGACAAUUGUAAAAGACUACAGGCACUUCCACAGCUUCCAUCAAGCAUACUUUCUUUAAAUCGAGGAAAUUGCAGAUCAUUGGGAACAACUGAAUCACUCAAGUUGCUGAGGCCGUGGGAACUCGUAUCCCUAGAUUAUAGAUUCGGUGUUGUGAUUCCUGGGAGUAGAAUACCAGAUUGGAUCAGGUAUCAGAGCUCGGAGAAUGUAAUUAAAGCAGACCUACCUCUAAAUUGGUCUACCAACUGCCUGGGUUUUGCAUUGGCUCUUGUCUUCAGUAGCCAGUCACCCGCUCGUUAUUAUUCGUUAGCGGUAUUUGUUUUCUUGGACUUUGGCACAUGUCUCUGUUCUACCUACACUCAAUGUUUUUUGGCUCAUGAAGGGGAUCAUGUGUUUCUGAGAUAUUUACCAGUUCAUCCCUUACUCAGUCCGCAUCAAGUCAUUCACAUCAAGGCUACACUUAUAAUGUCGUGCGGUUUUGAAAUGAAGAGAUGUGGGUUAGGUUUAAUGUAUGUUAAUGAAGAGGUGAAUUGCAACAAUGUGCCUCCCCCUAAUGAGUCAACUCUUGUCCUUAAAGAAAUCUCUGCGGGGGAACCCAUUGAAUGUGAGGAUAUGACCAUGACUCAGAAUCAGAAUAGUCACUUCGAAGAAUACGAUAUCUUCCUCUGAAUCCCACUUUUACUUUUGGAUUGCUUUUCUUUGUGGGAGUGGUUAUGGGAAUAGCCUUCGUAACCAAAAGGGAAACGUAGGAGACGUGAAAAAUAAAAAAUAGAAAACCCUUUUCAUCUGAAUUGGAGAUUUCGGCCACAGAACUGCUUGAUCAUUUCUGGUCCAAAAGUAAGCCCUAAGAUCUGUGGGAUUCAUGAUGCUGAUUUCAGAGGUGUGGAGGCAUUAUGAUUUGCUGAUUUCAAGCCCUAAGGGACCUGGAUUCAAAUCCUAAUAUGGCAUCAUAUGACUCUGGUGAAGAAGGAAAAAGAAGAAAAAGAUGUGGGGAUAAGAAUCUAAAACUACUGCAUAAAAUGAAAAUGAAGAGCCUGCUGUAUAUGGAGUGCCUUUUGUAGAAUCGAAGUCCAUUGGUUUCGGUUUUUCUGCUUCUUGUGCACUCUGCCCUGUUGAAGAGACUUCUGAAUGCAUCAUCGUUGAACUGCUUUCUUCGCUGUCUGUAACACUUGGUACCCGUUUCCUUCUUCCUGAACAUUGUUCCCAGUUGAAGGAUCCAGUGACAGUCUCUUUGCUGGAAUACUUUCUUCAUCCUCUGGGUCCAUUGGUCCUUGUAUGCUCUUUCCCUAUUGAAAAGUCCAGUGAGGGCUUUUUCGUUAGAGAAUCUACUGCAAAGUCUGGAUUGAUUGGUAAGAGUUCCUUUGUUUCCUUUAUUUGCUGCUUUUAUGUGUAUUGAUCAUGGCCUCCUGUAUUUGUAAGAUGCUUUGAUCUGCAUUUACAUAUCAAAAAUAGCAAAUCGAGGAAAGGAUGAUGGAAUGCGGCCUUUUGCAGCCUUCACACUGCAGUUGCACCUUAUGCAGAUCUCUUGAACGCCAAUGUCCACUGCUGAAAACAAAUACUGUUUCAAGCUAUUUGGGUUGUCAAGCUGCAUUAAGUGCAUUGGCUGCUCAUUCAAUUGAUCCCGGUGAAGCAGAAAGACAAGUUCUUGGCAUUAUCUUAGGGCAAGGUCAACAAAUGACUGGAUGAUUAUUUACAAUGGGUUGUUGAAAGUCAGAGACUUAGUCUCCCCAAGGAAAUGGCUGAGUUCCCUUCUAGGCAAAAUUCACAAAGGGGCAUUUUCAACCUGGAUUAAGGCAGUAUUGAAGCAUUAAAUAUGUUGCUUUUGCACAACUUGGAUGCAUAAAAAAGGUUGAAGAAGAUAAAUCAGCUUUUGAGGUUCAAGCGAAGGUUGAUCUUUAAGCGAAGGUUGAUCUUUAAGCGAAAGUCUACCUUGACCCAGUCAUCAUUGCAGAAAUCCAAGCUUGACCCAAAGUUGAAGGGCAUUGCAGCAAAGUCUCCUCAUCUUUGUAUCUAUACCUUGAACCACGAGCCUUUACUCUACUUAAUGUCUUUUUUUUUUUUUUUCUCAUAUGUAUACCUACCCGGUAUAAGCUUUAUAUGAUCAUCUCCGUUUCCCUUAUGACUUAUAAUAUUUAUAUAAUAUUUUUAACAAUUUUCCUUAUCA